AUUUUAGGAAAGUUUGGAAUUGAAGUUUUAUGUCGGUAUCUGACUAUCUGUUUUUGAAGUUGGCAAAAUCGUCAUCUAAGAUUGCAUUUAGUGCGCUGACAACAAGGGAUAUGCAUGUCUCUUCAUCAGUGGAGUGAAAUAUGCAGAGCAUAAUUUCGGGGCUUUUCUAUUAUAACCUCAGAUCUGUCCUAGGAAAGGGCGCUUUAUUGACUUUUGGUAUUGUGGAAUAAGACUUCAUUUCCUCAAUCCUAGUAAUAUAGAUUUCGCAAAUGCUAUUUGGCAGGCCCAGAAGUCAGCCAAGGGCUAGCAGACCUGGGUCAUUGGGAGGAAUGGAUUAUGCUGAUCCCAAGAGGAAGGGCAGCCUUGUUGCAAAAGUUUUUCUUGCUGCGGCACUAACAGCAUUAUGCAUUAUCAUGAUCAAGCAAUCUCCUUCCAUGAACUCCCCUAGUCCGUUUUCUUUCCAUGAACCUGGAGUCACACAUGUUCUGGUAACAGGAGGAGCAGGCUAUAUUGGGUCACAUGCUGCUCUAAGACUUCUGAAGGAUUCUUAUCGUGUCACCAUAGUGGACAACUUGUCACGAGGGAAUUUAGGUGCUGUCAGGGUUCUCCAAGAAUUAUUUCCAGAACCUGGAAGGCUUCAAUUUAUAUAUGCUGAUUUGGGAGAUAAGAAAUCUGUUGAUAAAAUAUUUUCAGAGAAUAAAUUUGAUGCUGUAAUGCACUUUGCUGCUGUUGCGUAUGUCGGAGAGAGCACAGCUGAUCCUCUUAAGUAUUACCACAAUAUUACAUCAAACACGUUGUUGGUUUUGGAGUCUAUGGCUAAACAUGGUGUGACGACAUUGAUAUAUUCAAGUACAUGUGCAACAUAUGGGGAACCUGAAAAGAUGCCCAUUACAGAAGAAACACCCCAGUUCCCAAUAAAUCCAUACGGAAAAGCCAAGAAGAUGGCAGAAGAUAUCAUCCUUGAUUUUUCUAAAACCUCAGACAUGGCUGUUAUGAUCCUAAGAUACUUCAAUGUGAUUGGAUCAGAUCCUGAGGGCAGAUUAGGAGAGGCUCCAAGACCUGAACUGCGAGAACAGGGUCGAAUUUCAGGUGCCUGCUUUGAUGCAGCACGUGGUAUUAUUCCUGGAUUAAAGGUUAGAGGAACGGAUUAUAAGACACCUGAUGGAACUUGCAUACGAGACUACAUUGAUGUAACUGACUUGGUCGAUGCUCACGUGAAAGCUCUUGAAAAGGCACAACCUGGUAAAGUUGGGAUCUACAAUGUUGGCACCGGAAGAGGUAGGUCUGUUAAAGAGUUUGUGGAAGCCUGUAAAAAAGCCACGGGGGUGGACAUUAAAGUCGAGUAUCUUUCUCGUCGCCCCGGUGAUUAUGCUGAAGUGUACAGCGACCCAUCAAAGAUCUUGCGUGAACUGAAUUGGUCUGCCCAUUACACCAAUCUUCAAGAGAGUUUGGAGAUUGCAUGGAGAUGGCAGAAAGCUCACCGUGACGGUUAUGGGACUUCAACUGCGGUUCUCUGAAAAUUUCAGAGCCGCUUGGCACAGCGCACCACUGAUUAGAGAAUGGAUCAUCUGAAGUUGAAAGUGUUUGUGAAGCUUGAAGCGAAGUAUCAGUACUGUGUAUAUAGUGUUGGUACCUUCUAUUCAACUGCACUUACAGGUUUUCAGCAUUAGAAGAUUCAGAUCCACCAGAACCUGGAGCAUUUAUAUCCAUCUCUUUUUGUUAAACUUGAGGCACAGAGGAAAAAGUUUAGCUUUUAGACCAAUAAAAGCAUGACCGUGAGUGACGGCUGACGAGUACUUACAGAGUUUAGUUCCACUAUUGGUGCCAGUUUAUUCUUCUCGUACUCGUCGAAGUGAGUAGGAUAUUUCCCCCCUAUUUUUCUAUUUUCUUACUGAGCUGCUGAUGAGUUAGCGUGGUUUUAAAUAGUCGUUGUCGAUUUAUUAUAUGUAUUUAAUAUAUAACAAUUCAAUAAUAUGAUGCCCAGGCUCUGAUAUGA